GCAGCUCCCAGCGGCACACCCACCGCAGCAAGCAGCAUCACUCAAUGGCUGCGGUUUUUAUGAGCCCAGGGGCCACCUCUCUCGAGCAGUCGCACCCACCACAAGAUGAUCCCUUCGCAGCGAUUCGAGAAGCGGCGCUCGAGGAAGACGGGGCGGCACAAGGACUGCUGGUAAUCUUGUCGGUUCUGCGGGAGACAAUUGGCGAGUGCCGAGUGACACCAUCAGCAACAGCAGGUAAAGCCACGGCAGAGCCCAGCGCGUCCGAGUACCUGGCCGCCAUCAUCCCCGCACUCCAAGGCAAAGACCAGUCACAUACUCCUCAGUUGCUGAGCCUGCUGGUUGCUGUGAUGCCGCAUGCCCACCGCUCGCUGUUGAGGCAAAAGUUCCCGGCCGUCGCCGCGGUUUUCAUGGCGCUGCUCAAGGAGAACGGUCUCGAGGCCGAAGGCACCGAGGCCACGGCUGUCGCUUCCUCGGCCAACAUCGUGCAGCGUGUGCUGAUAUGCACGGGUCACCUGCUGGCGGCCCAGGAGCCGAGCUGGGCAGUGUGGAACAGCCCCGGAGUUCUCCGAGCGUUCCACUCGCUGCUUCACUACUUCGCCGACCAUCGGUCGAAGGUCAGGCGGGCGGCCCAAGAAGCCGUCGUGGCGGUACUCGCCACACAAAGGAGUGCCAGCGUUAGCGGUGGCAUCGGAGGCACGAGCAAAACGAUGUCCAGGAAGGGGCCGGCGGCACUGACGAUGGAGUUUUGCCGUGUAGUGGUGAACUCGUGCACGAGCCAAGACGUGACUCGUGCGCUCCAUCUGCUGCAGUUCAUGCGCCUCGGCGUGCCGCUCUUCCCGCCGAACCAGGCGGCAAGCUUGUGUGAGCUGUCCCUCCGGCUGCUACCGCUUGGUAGCCCGGCUCUUACCGCCGCAGUGAUGCAGAUGCUCAGCGCCGUGGUGCAGAGCCCAAGGCCGUGCAUGACGGCACCGUUGCUGUCCAAGUUGACGGAAGAGCUACUGACUCUCCAGCCCAGCCGGAGCGCAGGGGCUGGCGCGGUCUCCUUUGCGCCGCUGGUAGCGAGCUGCUUAGUUCGUCUUCAGGGCAUGGACUCGGAAGCUUCUAGCAAGCUGCUCGCGCAGGCCGUGCUCGCGCUCACCGACUACUGCGAGUCUUCCUCAACGACCGUCCACAAUUCAUCGUGCGGGGCGCUCAAUCUCAUGUUCCAGGCGUGCGUUGACCAGAGCAUGGUGACACAAAUGGCGGGCUCUUUAGGCAGGGGGCACGCGGCGAGUGGGCCGUUGGCAGACACGUUGUCAGCUCUGGAAUCGUUGCUUCAGUACCGUUUCCAGCGGUCUUGGCCCCAGUCGCUUCCACUCCUCGGGCGGCUGUUUCUGCAUCUGCGGGGCGCGUCUUACCCUCUCCUGGUGAACGUCUUGCGCGGGCUCGGGGAACUCCACGACGCACUCACGAGUGUGCCGUCGGCGGCACUUCCUGGGGUAACUUCGGCCUUAAACGAGGCCGUGUCCUUUGCCAUACAGGGAAUGGGCGCCGAGCGUGUUCUUGGAGUUUUGCCGCUGGCACCGACGGGAGCUACGCCAGUCGCCGAGGGGGGGUUAGCGGAAGCGCGGGCUUGGCUUCUUCCGUUGCUGACAGAGCACACGGGUGCCGCGCCGUCGCGUUUGGCGUUCUUUCAGAGCUAUGUUCUGACCACGGCGAAGGCUUGCGACGGUGCCGCCAAGUCCGGCCGGUUGACAGCGAACGAGGCUCGUACGCAACGUUUCCGGGUGGUCCAGCUGUGGGGCCUUUUGCCGGGAUUCUGCGCGCGACCGAGCGAUGUUGCCGGCACCUUCGGUACCCUUGCACCGACACUGGCGAACGCCAUGCAAGACGUCAAUUACCCCGGGAUUCUGCCCGUGGUAUGCACUGGGUUGCAGGCUCUUGUAGCAGGGGUGAAGUCGCGCUGCGGGGCUGAGGUUGGGGGUGGGGACGCUGCCGCGAAGGCUGACCUCGAGAAGCUGUCCCACACGACCACCCGCUUCUUGCCGAAGCUCUUCGCGCUCGUGGACCCGGGUGGAGACGGGGUGGUGGCCGCGGGUGCAGAGACGGGACCCGAUGCUUCUGCGGCGAUGAUGGCUGCGAACGAGAGGACGGCGGCAGUGUGCGGGGCGGCGGCCGCGCUCGCGACCGUCGCUCCGCCAGCGUUCCUUUCAACUCUUUUCAAGAAACUUCUGCAGAAGCUGAUCGAGUCCACAACGGUUGGAGGGGCGGGUGCUGCAGGAACGGAACGGGCCGAAGAAAAGGCUCCUGAUCUUCAGAGGGCGCAGGUGUUGUUGGAAUUGGCGUCGGGGUUAGCGCCAUCGCUUGACCAAGAGGCAACAUCGCUGUUGUAUCGGUCCACGAAACCCCUGGUGCUCGAUGACAGUUCUCCACAGCUCCAGAAACGAGCGUACAAGGUUCUGCUGGCGUUGUGCGCGCACCGAACCGACUUCAUGUCCGCCCCGGAGAACCUCCCGAACGUCCUGGAGCUCUUUACUUCCUCGCUGCUCAGCUGCCACGUCUCCGCGAGAGUGAUGCGCCUGCAGUGCCUCUCGCGCCUAGCCGCGUCUUUCACCCCCGAGAAUGAUGUGCAGGCGAAGUUCCUCCCCGCUGCCACGCUGGAAGUGGUCUUGUGCACCAAGGACUCCAACGGGAGAACAAGGGAGCUCGCGUACAAUGUCCUCGUUCUGCUCGCCGUCGCUCGCGGGAACCCGGCGGAUACCGUGAGGACGGUGGUCGGCGGGCUAGCGGCUUCCACACCUCAUGCGCGCUCCGCCGCGGUGUUGGCCCUGGGGUAUCUCCAGCUAGAAUUUGGACACUUCAGGAGCGAGAGGUGGGACGCGCGUGUGGCGGACAUGGUCCCCGAGCUCACAGCUACAAUGCUGCUAUUGCUUAAGGAGCCCUCGAGAGAAGUGGUCAAGGCUGUUCUGGGCUGGCUGAGGGUUGCAGUGGGUGGAGCGGACCGAGAGGUGCUAAGGCCGAUGAUCGCGGACAUCGUUGUCGGCGUCAUGUCCGGCACGACCCCUAGGCACAAGGAUCACUUCCGAGCCAAGAUUCGGAUCGUGUUGUCGAAGCUGUGCCGCAAGUUUGGGUUUGAGGAAAUCAAGGCCCUCAUGCCAGAGCAGGACAAGAAACUCGUGGCUCACAUGCAGACGGCCGCUGAAAGAGAGCUGAAGGCUAAGAAAACGCGCCUAGCCGGUGGGCGCGGCGGUGGAAGGGGCGGCGGUGCCAACCCGGGGGAGGGAAAAAUUACGAAGGCUGUGCGGAUGUUCGACACCAUCAUGGAGGGCUCGGAUGCGGACAACUCGGACACCGAGGACCAAGGCCCAAACAUGACCAGCACGGUCAAAAGCAUGCCUGCCACGGGUGGUGCAAGGCGCGGCGGAGCCAAGGGAGCCGACAUGAUGGUGCGAGAGAGGGGAGAGGACGGCACGAGCGUCGUAGACUUGCUCGACGCGUCCAUGGUCCGAAACAUGCGCGUGUCGAGCACAAAGCGUGGCGGUAACAAGAAGGGUGGCGGCGGCGGUGGCGGCUUAUUUGGCUCCGAUGAAAGUGGCUCGGAAGAUUCUGACGACGACGACGACGGCCCGGAACUAGGAUUACGAGACGGGAAGUUUGUCAUUCCCGGGGGCAGCGAUGAGGACGAAAGUGACGACGAUGGCGGCGGCGGGGGUCGGAAGAAGAAGCGCUCGAGGAACAAUGGUGACGACAGCGAUGACGAUGACGACAACGAUCGUGUUGUCGACACUGGAAAGAACGAUUCCGGAUUUGUGCACAUGGCGGGACGAAAAUCACGAGCGGCGGCGGACGAUAGCUCUUCACAGGGCGCGAUGGGACGGUCAGUGCCCGGAGUUCGCGGAUCAGGUGCCGGCCGCGGGGGAGGUGCUGCCGGCAAACGGCAGAAGGUCGGAGCGGUCAGAGGUACCGCAACAGGGGCGGAGUUCCGAUCCAAGAAAGCUGGUGGCGACGUCAAGAGAAAGGGGGCAACUCUGGAACCUUACGCAUAUAUUCCGUUGGACGGCCGAACGCUCACCGGAAAGAAGGCCGGGGACACCGCGCUGAAACAGUAUGGCGCGGUCGUGGGCACGGUUCGCGGUGCCAAGAAGGGACGCCAGCAACGCAGGCGGGGACACAAGUAAAUUUCUGCGGAAACACGAACCUAGUACAUGUGUGCUUAGGUUCGAUAGGGCAAUAUAGCAUGGCUUUCUAGUUGGGACACUGAGGGGGCGUGCAAUGGUGUAUCCGCGAAUCUUUCACUUCGUUUUGUCUUCGGUCGCAUGCUUGGGCUACAAUCGUGUAAGGCACAUCCGCAUAUUAGGAUUCAGGAACACCCGGUUGCAGAGGAAGGGGAAGUGCUGCGUUCGGUGUGACUUGGCGCAAUGAAAGUUUAGCAAGGCGCCACAACGGCGUCUCGGUUGGUCCCCCGCCACGCAGGUCUUGGAUUUUUUGUAUCAACGGCAACAACUCUCAGUGGUAGCACUGAGCUUUUCCACAUGGAAGAAGUGGCCCCGACGAAGUCUUCAGCAUAUUUGUCCACUCGUUCACCCUGUGGGGGUUGCCCUGCGAUCGCGGA